AUGAUUCUGCCAAUAGUGUUCCUGGGUCUUGCAGCUGUGCUGUCUCCAUCCACUGGACAGGACCUGAGCUAUGUGCCUCUCCCUUUGCUCACAGUCCCAUCCUCUCAACAGGUACCUGAAGCUUUCACUGCUCUGAUAACUACCAAUCCUGAUCAGCAAAAGCUAAUUGUUGACAAACACAAUACGCUCAGAAGAGGAGUAAACCCGACUGCCAGCAACAUGUUGAGGAUGGAAUGGAACCCUGCAGCUGCAACUAAUGCUCAAAACUGGGCAAAUCAAUGUUCUCUCAGUCACAGUCCUUCAAGCCAGAGGAAAACCAAUGUAGAUUGUGGUGAAAAUCUCUACAUGUCAACCGCCCCUUCCUCAUGGUCAGAUGCUAUUCAGGCCUGGUACAAUGAGGAGAAAGAUUUCAAAUAUGGAGUAGGAGCAACAACAAAAGAUGCUGUGAUUGGCCAUUACACUCAGGUGGUUUGGUACAAGUCUUACCAAAUUGGAUGUGCGGUUGCUUACUGUCCUGAAAGUAACUAUAAGUACUUUUACGUGUGCCAGUACUGCCCUGCGGGGAAUAGGGUAGAUUUAAUGAAGACACCCUACAAAGAAGGAAAACCCUGUGGUGACUGCCCUAAUGCUUGUGACAACGGAUUAUGCACCAAUCCUUGCAAGUUGCAGGAUCUUUAUUCCAAUUGUCCUGGACUGGUAAAUGAUUACGGAUGUGCCAAUACCUUUGUUAUGCAGAACUGCCCAGCUUCCUGCCAAUGCAAAACUGAAAUAAAAUAA